CAAGUAAUAAUGACCAGAAAAUGAGAAAGUGGUAUAUAUACAUGUAAUAACAGUGAACAAAAGAAACACAUGCAAAAGUGAAAAGAAAGAAAACAAAAGAAACACACGCAGCCGUUAAAGUGCACUACUAUUAUCCUUUUUCCUGCAAAAAAUUCAAAGAUUCCAUGGAAACUUCUUCAUUAUGGCAAUCAACAAAUGAGGAAAAAAAUCACAUCUUAUAGAUCUUGUGAUUCUUUAACACAAUCCAACUGAUACUUCUUUUCCAUAUCUUAACAAUUAUUGGGUAAGAGUAAGUUUUUUCUUUUCUUUUCUUUUCUAUAAACUCGUCAAAUUCUUGUCAUGGAAAUUACAGCAAUCAUUCCAUCGAUUUAUCCACUGAAAACCAUCCUCAUUGCUCGAUAUUGGUCCUGCAGAAUUCCUGCUAAGAAGGGUAUUUUUAGUUAUUAGUUUAUGGAGCUUGAAGCUAGGAAGAGAAACAAAAUGGUAACGACAACAGCAAGCAAAAACCAGAAAUCUCGAACAAAAAUGACUGCGCUCGUUGUGGAUGAUGAUACCACAAAUCGAAUAAUUCACCGGAGGCUUUUGCAAAAUCUUGGUAUAGAAAAUCAGGAGGUCAGGAAUGGGAAAGAAGCAAUUGAUAUCCAUUGCUCAGGCACAAAUUUUGACCUCAUUCUCAUGGACAUGGAUAUGCCUAUCAUGAAUGGUAUUGAGGCAACAAAGCAACUCCGGGCCAUGGGCAUACGUAGCACGAUUGCAGGCGUAUCAACAAGAACGAUGGAAGAAGAAGUACAAGAAUUUAUGGAAGCAGGACUGGAUGAUUAUCAAGAAAAGCCUUUGACAAGUGCUAAGCUCAUUUCCAUUCUCCAUAAGAUCAACCACAAUGCUUCACAUUCAUAGUCAUAUGGAAAAAGAAAGACUUAAUUAACUUUUGUCUUCAUUGUAUUUAGUUUUCUUCUUGAAUUAAUUUCUUUAGCUAGCUUGUGCAAGAUACAUGGUAAAGUUUUCCAAAUUUCAAUAACAUGGUCUUUUUCUUUUGUCAA